UGCCCAUGUGGUGAACGCCCUGGAGCUGUGAGAGUGUGAGGGUCGCGUUCCUGCUGUCUGGACUUUUUCUGUCCUACUGAGACGCAGCCGUGUGAAAUAUGAUUUGGCGAGGAAGAUCAACAUAUAGGCCUAGACCAAGGAGAAGUGUACCACCUCCUGAGCUGAUUGGGCCUAUGCAGGAGCCCAGUGAUGCGGAGCCUCAGCAAGCGGAACCACUAACUGAAAGUCAGGAUUCUACACCUGGUCAGGAGAGAGAAGAAGAUCAGGGUGCAGCUGAGAUUCAAGUGCUUGACCUGGAAGCUGAUCUCCAGGAGCAAUCUCAGUCAAAGACUGGGGAUGAAUGCGGAGAUGGUCCUGAUGACCAGGGGAAGAUUCUGCCAAAUUCAGAGGAAUUUAAAAUGCCAGAAGGAGGUGACAAGCAACCACAGGUUUAAAUGAAGACAAGCUGAAACAACACAAACUGUUUCUAUCUAAGAUAUUUGACUUAAAAAUAUUGAAAUAAACUUUUGCGGCUUUCUCCAAAUAA